AUGGCCGCCAUCUCUCGAUCAGUCUCCGGCUUGGGCGCCGGUCUAAAGAGGCUUUCACAGCUUCAAUCGGGCCGGUCGUUCUCUACCACACGGCACCUUCGUGCCAGUGCCGCCGCGACCAAACCAUUCUUCCCCGGCGAGCCAACCGGCCCCAUUGUGAAAACCCCCAUCCCUGGCCCCCAAAACCAAAAGGCAUCUACGGAACUAGGAGAGGUCUUCGAUACUAGAAGCAUCAAUAUGAUUUCAAAUUAUGAUGUUAGCAUCGGAAACUAUAUUGCUGAUCUUGACGGAAAUCUUCUAUUGGAUGUAUAUGCCCAAAUUGCCUCAAUCCCGGUUGGCUACAAUAACCCUACCUUGAUUGCCGCUGCGAAGUCUCCACAGAUGGUGAACGCUCUGGUCAAUCGUCCUGCGCUAGGGAACUUCCCGUCCCACGAUUGGGCAACUAUCCUCAAGUCUGGUAUGCUCACUGUCGCACCCAAAGGCCUCAACCAGGUGUUCACUGCCACGGCUGGCUCUGAUGCCAACGAAACCGCUUACAAGGCUGCGUUUAUGUACCACCGACAAUCUGUACGUGGUGGCCCCGAGGUCGAAUUUACCGAGGCCGAGAUUGCAUCUACCAUGUUAAAUCAGGCUCCUGGUUCCCCGCCCCUGUCUAUUAUGUCCUUCAAAACUGCUUUUCACGGUCGUCUUUUUGGUACCCUUUCCACCACGAGAAGCAAGCCGAUCCACAAACUAGAUAUCCCUGCAUUCGACUGGCCCCAGGCUCCAUUCCCGGUUCUGAAAUACCCUCUAGAGGAAUUCGCCGCAGAGAACGCCCAGGAGGAGAAACGAUGCUUGGCAGAAGUUGAACGUAUCAUCAAAGAAUUCCAUAACCCUGUUGCUGCUGUCGUCGUUGAGCCUAUUCAAUCCGAAGGUGGAGACAACCAUGCCUCCCCGGCUUUCUUCCAGGGCCUGCGCGAGAUUACAAAGCGAAACAACGUCCUCAUGAUCGUUGACGAGGUACAAACCGGCGUUGGGGCCACUGGAAAGUUCUGGGCCCACGACCACUGGAACCUCCAAACCCCACCGGAUAUCGUCACUUUCUCCAAGAAGGCCCAGGCUGCUGGAUACUUCUACGGAGACUCCCUCCUUCGCCCGAACAAGCCAUACCGUCAAUUCAACACGUGGAUGGGUGACCCAGCUCGUGCCCUUAUCUUCCGCGCAAUCAUCGAGGAGAUCAAGCGCUUGGAUUUGGUCAACCACACGGCUGCCACGGGCGACUACCUGUAUACCGGCCUCGAGCGCCUAGCGAAGCAAUACCCCAACGAAUUCCAGAAUCUGAGAGGCAAGGGCCAGGGCACUUUCAUUGCUUGGGAUAGCCCGCAGCGCGAUGCUAUCUUAAAAAAGGGGAAGAGCGUCGGUAUCAAUAUUGGCGGCUGUGGCGAGCGGGCCGUGCGAUUGCGGCCCAUGUUGGUUUUCCAGAAACAUCAUGUAUCCAUGUUUUGGUAA